AUGAAUAGGUUGCUUCCGGUAAAUUCGCUGUCCAAGCGGCUAAGCAAUUGUAGCUAUUCGAAAUGCGCCGAGAAGCCGGGCUACGGGCCCCCGCCGGUGCAGCGGACGGUGAUGCUGAACGGGAACAAGGUGGCGGCGGCGAGGCACCUGGGCGCCCCAAUCGGCGCUUGCACUAUCAUGUUCCAGGUCAGCGCCAACCUCGGUACAUGCCGUACAGAU